UCAAUGGAAACAAAGUACAAUAGAGACAGGUGGUGCAGAAAGUGGCCACUCUCUAAGACCAGCUUAUAUGGACUCCUCUUUGGGAUGCAGUCACCUUUCAAGAGUCAACAACUACAGAAGACACACAGAGGGGGCCUGCCAGCAAGGCCCAGUGAAACAGAAUGCCAUAGACAUACAUGCGAAGAAAACCAAUGUGCCUCCAAAUCCAGGCCUCGACUUCUUCCAUCUACCUCUCAUUAACCAAGCUUCUCCUUCAGACUCAGACAGCAAGGACCAAAGAGUCAAAGCCAGGAGUAACACUAGAGAAAACCACAAGGAUUCAGUUCCACGGCUGCCAGAUAUACAUCUCACUAACACCAACACAGAGAUGCCUGGUCCCAAACUGCCAGAAAGAACCAUACUUAGGAAAGUGCUCGUGCUGCUCCCUUCACAAAAGGAGAAAGAUGGUCUUCAAGGCCUUUCUGAGGAUGAGGAUGAGAGAGAGGAUGGUCUUCCUGAGAAGAAGGAAACGAGGGAGAAUGUCCUGUGUGGAGGUGUGGAGCAGAAGGGAGGAGUAAUCGUGAGAGGAGGAGAGAAUGAGCCUGGUGAACAUGGCUGCCAGCUUAAAGCCACAGAGCAAUACCAACUCAUUUGGUUUGAACCUGAGGAGGACAAAGAGUAUCAGACUGCCCCGGGCCUACUGCCUCCCCUCGUAGGUCGCAGGGGUCCUGGCAAACAGAGCUCUAUGGCACUCUACAGACAAGACCCCCUCGACCCCACAGACCAGUCCGAGUCUCAGCCUGGCAUCACCCGAGGCAGCCUUCCUUUGGUGCUGAGAGAGUGUGAAAAGGGCAGAGCACUGGGCACCUUAAUAAUGGGUCCUGCUGGGGAAAUCAUACGCUUGUCUUUCUGGGAUGACUUCACGGACACUGAGGACCACACAGUUCUGGAUGAUGCCACUAGAGAACAUGUUCUCAGGGUUAUGACGUCCGAGGGAGUUUUGGAGCAGCCUUGGACGAUCUUGCUGGAAGAGCAGACUACACAUCCAGACAGACGGAAUUCCAGUGAACUGGAGGCUGAGCCAGAUCACAAGGAAGAAGCUAGCUCUAACCAAGAGGACAGACCUGCUGCUGCUGAACAUACUGAAGCAGUGAAGAACGCCGAACGUGGUGCAGAUGGAAAAAGAAUGGGAGAAGGACAGGCCUGUGCACCUGAGCAAAGAUCAGGAAAGCUGAACCCCUCUAUAGAAAACCAACCCUAUACCAAAGGGGAAGAUGUUGAGAUAAAGAGAAGAGGAAGGACACAUGGUCUGCAGCCUGAGGGUGGUGCGACACCUGGGUCACCAAAGCCCAAAACCACGUCUGCUAGCAGCCCUCAAAAAACAACUCUAUCCACCCCCACAGCUGUGGAGGAACGUAUUCAUAAAGCGAAGCCUGGAAGCCAGACAAACACAAACAAAGAUAAUAUCAGGUCCCAGUUCAGGAAAGCAGGUGGAGGAGAAGAGGCAGAAAGUACCCAAAUAAGGAAAGUAAAGAAGGAGGGAGAGGUUGAUCAGCAUGUCAGAGGAGGAAGAGAGAAUAAGAAUCCACAGAAGAAGACUGUACAAACAAAUAUGGACUCAGAAGAGUCAGAAGACGCCGUUUACACUGCAGACACAUCUCCUGGCCCAAUACUAAAGAAAAAGAAAACAGCGGAAGAGGGUAAGAAGCCAAAUGCAUCCACAAGUCAACCAAAGGAGUCUGCAAAGCCACAAAACAAUGUGAACAAGGUGAAAAAGAAAACCAAAGGGCAAGCAGCAUUCGUUGUUGGUAAACCAAGGCAGAUACAGGAAGUACAGCAGAUUGCGAAGGAAGCAGAUCAACCAGAGAUGUCUGAGAGGGCAACGUUCAAAACAGAGGAAAAGGAAAAUGAAGCUAUGCAUGACCACUGCUGCAGUGCUCCUGGACACAGUCUGGACACUGAUCUAGUUUCUGUAUAUCAAGAGGACCAUACAGAUGCCGCUUCCCCCAGGACACAUAGCUCUGCCACAGUCUCCUCCAGAACACAUAGCUCUACUGAGUUCUCCUUCAGAAUGCAUGGCUCUGAUGCGGCUUCCUCCAGAGCACACAGCUCCGCCGGGUUCUCCUUCAGAAUGCAUGGCUCUGAUGAGCUCUCCUCCAGAACACAUGGCUCUACUGCAGUCCCUACAGCCAGAGAGGGCUAUCGGAGAACCAGUACAGCAGCAGAGGCUAAAGCCUGUAGUCCAGCACCACUCUCACUCACCCAGCUGCCUUCUCACUCUGCAGCCCCAACCCACCAUCCUACUUCAAACCCCACCAAAUCCGAGUCAGGUGUUGAUGCUAACUACAGCGAAGAGGCCAUCAGCCUGAGUGACAGUAAGGCUGCAGUGCAGGCCGAGAAGGCUGAACGCCGCAGACUCGAGGUGGAGAGGAAGAGGAAGGAGAAAGAAGAGGAGUGGAGGAGGCAGCAGGAGAAAGAGGAGAGAGAAGAGAAAAUGAGGCUGGAGCUGGAAGAGGAGCAGAGACAGAGAGCAGAGCAGGCCAAGUACCCUCACAGCCUAGACUAAAGACUCCCAGCAAAAACACAUAACCAAAGUGGGGGAGAAAAUUUGAUACCAAUGUUCCGAUUUUACAAUGUACUUUACAGGUUAAGGAAACUUGGAGAAGAAGAGGAGAGACAGAGACAGGAGCAGAAAGAAAUGGAGAGACAGAGAAGGGAGAAGGCAGAGAUGGAGAGAGAGAGGAGGAGGCAGGAGGAAAA